AUGGGAGCCUUCAUUCCUGGUCUCAGACGUAAAUACCCGCUCCAUGAAUACAUUUCCACCAUUCUUCUAGUGGUGGGUUUGAUCCUUUUCACCUUAGCAGAUGCCCAUACAUCUCCGAAUUUCAGUCUUCUUGGAGUUGUGAUGGUGUCGGGUGCUUUGGUCGUGGAUUCUUUUCUGGUUAAUUUUCAGGAAGCCAUAUUUACAAUGAAUCCUGAAACCACACAGAUGGAGAUGCUCUUUUGCUCCACUGUGGUUGGGCUUCCUUUCUUGAUUCCACCCAUGCUUUUAAUGGGAGAGCCGUUCACGGCCUGGAAUUCCUACUCUCAGUUUGAUUUAUGCCGCAUUGAAGUGGUACCAGGAAGUAGAUUGCCCUUGGUAAGAGUUCCAUCAUUAGAGGUAGCUGGAAGGAAUGGGAUUACAGUUUCAGAAAAUUCUUCUUGCAGCUCUUGCUAG